AGCAUCAGAAAUGUCUUGACUUUUGGAACAACAACGGGAUGUUUGUGUGCGAGGAAAAGACGGCUCGUAAGUGAAGAAAAGAAAAACGCGAACCCGAAUGGUGUGAAAACGGUGCGUUUUGUGGCAGUGAACGGGCGUCCAACGUAAGCAAAUGCAUCGCAACACAUCCGUUUCCGUGGGACUGCACCGAAUGCAUGCUGGAGCCUAAAAUAUUUCCAAAAGCAACAUCAGUUCGAUACGGUGAAGAGUGUGGUGUUUUUUUUUCUCCAGAAUUUGUGUUCGUGCUUCAUAGUGUACCGAAUUGUUAGUGUAAGUGUACAGUGUAUAAAUACAACGAUCAUACAACGCUCUUAAUCGUGCAAGUGCAACCAAUGUUCAACAACAUUCGUGAAGGGGGUAGAGUUUAAUUGCCGUGCACCGUGAAAAGCGCCGCCACAUCUCUUAACGUCGCAGCAUAACGCCCAUUCCACAGCCGGGCGUGAGCAUUAGAAACGAGGAGUUGUCGGUGGCCGGUGUCGCGUAAAUUAAAAAGAAACGAAAUCUUCCCAAUCUUUCGACGGUGUGUCGAUCACUGGUCUACUGAGGGAUCCUCAUCAGCCGGUUUUUUGGAUUUCCAGCCUCAUCGCUAUUAAAGCAAUACCAAACACCUUGCGAACUUUUUUUUUUUUUUAUUUUCAACAUCUUCAGGCCAUACAAGGAUCUAGUGCCAAAUUUUAUCCGUUAAGAACCGAGAUAGACAGAACGAACACUCGAUGCAAACGUUCGAAAACCGUCGUUGUACAGCGGAAAGGAUACCGAUUGAAUUAAUGAACUAAGAAAAGGAGGAUACGAGGUUUAAAACAAACACGGAAAAUCCAUCCCUCAAUAAAGAAAAGAAUCUAACCUAAAGUGACGUCUUAAAGACAAUUUUGGCACAAGGCACAAGGAUCAGCAUAGCAACAAGAGUCGGAUACUCAGACAUUCUUGGAGGAAGAAAAGGCAUCUACCACAAAAGCACAAUCACGCACACACACACACACACACCCAAACAGCCCAAGAGAAAAUUCGUUUGCAUCUCUCAUCUUCUAGUCAUCCCCAAAACGGUUAAAGGCAACAGAGCACGGCGGGCGGAUCCUGCACAGCACGCGCAACUUUUGAAACCGAUAACCGACGACUGCCAAAUUUUACCUUCAUUCCGAACUCUGCUGCAAUACGUGAGUAGUACGUGAACGAAAUCUUGCGACCGUAUAAAGUGGCCAGUUUUGCUUCAACCUUCCAUCAGUAGCGUGCACGUGGGAACGUUAAAAAUAGGACGGGCUUCACCAGAUUUGGUAACAUUGCGGAACCCCGGCACAAAGCGUUCCGAGUCCGGUGCCCAACUCUUGUACUAUAUUUGUACACCAUUCAAGAGCGCAGCAGAGACGACCCGCCGUCGUUGGUCAUUAUGCUGCAGGAGAAGAAGCACAUUUGAUUCAGGCCAAAAAUACACUUUGGCUCACAGCGAGAGCUUUAAAAAGCACACACCGCUGAACGGGUGAACCCAAACAGAAGCAUAAGAAUAAACCUCACGAAAAAAAAAGGAAGCAGCAGGCAGGAUGGGAAACAAAACGUCAUGCUGCUCGUACUCGAGUCCACCGCCGACGCGCAAGGCAAAGGAGGCGCCCGUCUUCGAGGAACAUCUGCCCGAGGGCGAACUGUCCGCCAACAAUCUGCAGCACAUCUCCGAGCGCGAAGGCGACGACGGUGAGCACGAUCCGUCCGUCGAUCCGUCCGCCGGCACCAUGUUCCUGGAGCGCUCGAAGCAGUGUCUCGAAAAUGGUAUGACGCGCAAAAAGUCCCAGCACCAGAUCGUGCCGCAGGGCGGCGGUGGUCCUGGCGGCGGAGGAGGAGGUGGUGGAGGAGGUGGAGGUGGAGGAGGUGGUGGUGGUGGUGGUGUGCUGAAGAAGAGUAGUAGCUGCUCAACGAUCUACCUGGACGACAGUACCGUGUCGCAGCCGAACCUCAAAAACACGGUCAAGUGCGUGUCGCUGGCGAUCUACUACCACAUCAAGAACCGUACCAGCGAGCGGCGGAUAGACAUCUUCGACGAGAAGCUACACCCGCUGACGCGUGACCCGGUGCCGGACGAUUACGACCGGCACAAUCCCGAACACCGGCAGAUCUACAAGUUCGUGCGGACCCUGUUCAAUGCUGCCCAGCUGACGGCCGAGUGCGCGAUCAUCACGCUCGUGUACCUGGAGCGGCUGCUGACGUACGCCGAGCUGGACAUUGCGUCCUGCAACUGGAAGCGAAUAGUGCUCGGUGCGAUCCUGCUCGCGAGCAAGGUGUGGGACGAUCAGGCCGUCUGGAACGUGGACUACUGCCAGAUACUGAAGGACAUUACGGUGGAGGACAUGAACGAGCUCGAGCGGCAGUUUCUGGAGCUGCUGCAGUUCAACAUUAACGUACCGUCGUCCGUGUACGCCAAGUACUACUUCGAUCUGCGCACGCUUGCCGAAGCGAACGAUCUGUCCUUCCCGACCGAGCCGCUGUCGAAGGAGCGUGCCCAGAAGCUGGAGGCGAUGUCGCGCGUUAUGCAGGACAAGGCGACAGCGGAAGCGCUUAAGAACGGGAUGAAGAAGUGGUCCUCGAUCGACAACAUCCACCAGCAGGGCGGUAUCCGGCGCAGUGUUGCCAUCCUGUCGUGAUUUUCUUCCAUCCCGGUGCCGCCGCCCGUGAGCAGUACGAUGAUGAUGAGGGUUCGCGCAUAAAUGGACUCAGCUCGGGGCACGCCCGCCAGAGCCGCCAUAACACCGCCGACAGCCAUGUGCGAGUGCUUGGGUUGUCUGUGCGUGUCCUGUGGCGAUGGGAUCGCUGUUGUGAGCAGCUACCCUGCUAUCAACUAGACUUGUAGUGUAACUAUCGUCGUUAGAACGCAACGCUACUCUUACUGCUGCUAUUGUAAUUAUGACACAUAUACACACACACCGCCAACUGCUGCUAUCAUUUCACAAACAUCUCGGUCAUCUCGGAGGAAGAGGAGUAUCAGGACGCUACAGAACUGCUGCUGUUAGGGAUACAGUUCGGUUCGCUAGGCUUCAGUUAAUAUACGUGUGUAUACUGUUUCACACAUACACACCCUUUUGAGCUAUCAUCAGCUGUUUUUUUUUAAUCAAAGGACAAAAUACACACCUCCAUCAUACAUCCACACACACACACACAUAACUCUGGGCUCGAAAGCAAGGUGAUCGAAUAACGAUUAUCUGGUGAAGCGUUAGAAGAAAAGCAUCUAACGUGAUGCGAUCCUUGAUAUCUGUAAGGAUAUCUCUGAAGAUAGCCAGAUACGCGCUAGAUUUCUUCGGAAGCAGAUGGUCCAUAGUGCAGGUCGACUCGGAGAGCCUGGAACCGAAUCCUGGAGAAAUCGGCUAAACAAACUGUGUCAAUUUAUAAGAUUUUGCAGAUGAUGAAACAAGCCCUAGCCUAGCCGGUACACUGCUGUAGAAAGCAAUGAUGUCUAGUAGUGUUACUUUUUAAAGCUCAUCAAACACACACACAAAAAACCCCCCACAGAAAGCUAUCUUUAAAGGGAUGCAAUAUUUUUCUAUUGUGCGUAUAAUUUAAACCCGGACCCGGAGCGCGAACCCGGACAAAACAACGAUUGUACUAGCCAGCUUAUCUAUUUCAACCCCCCCCCCCCACCCCCCCCUUAGAAAGUUUGCAUGCUUUUUGUUUUUCGGCAUCGGGCCAGCAUCAUAUUCAUAAUGCUUUUAAAUUGUUUUUUCGCUUAAUGUCUUAAUUGCAGGGUUUGAACACUACAAAGCUCACAUAUUCCCCUAAAUGAUUGCAAACCUCUCCCGAGUGAUGGAAAAUAUCUUCCGAUGAGUUGCGAACACAUCCACUCGAAUCGAAUCCCUGUAUCGUUUUUUUCCGACUAGCUACUUGCUUCCAAUUCUGUGGUGUAGGAUUGCGCAAAGUGCAUUUUCUAGUGAUAUUUCUUAAGCAGUAACUAAAGCCACUGCUACUACUACCACUACCAGUUUGGGAAGCAGUAAAUUAGGCGCCCACAAUAUCGCAUCUUUGUCAUGCAAGCUGUAAAGAAAUUAAUUUGUAAAAACGCAGAACAACACGCACGGAUGCUAAGCCUCAGCUUAACGAUAGUAAAACCAGAGUGGUAGCAUUAAAAUCUCAGUCAAAAGUGGGUAACGUCAGUAUAGUGAUAUGCACCCCCCCUCCUCCCCCCCCCCCCCACUCGUUCCUUGAACGUUUCGGGCAGUUUUUUUAUAGUGAAACAAAAUGAAGCAUGUGUCGAUAAACGUAAAAUAUAAAGUAAAAAAACAAAACACGAAAAAACAACAACCGGGUAGAGUAUUAAGGAAAAGCGAAGACAAAAAAAAGGGGGAAAACAACACUUUGCGACGGAAGGAACAAAAAAAAGAACGAUAAACAGGAGAAACACACACUAUACAAUAUAUGCAAUAGGUAUAGGCUAUAAAAAAGAGAGGAGGUAUACAGCAAACAAUGUAGAAAGUGCAAAACUGUUUUCGAAAAAAAAGAAAAAAAAACAAGAUAAACGCAAAUAUUGAAAAAAAACUACAACAAAAAAAACGAUAGUAGAACAUAAAACAUCAGAGACGGUGGGGUAUAAAUAUGCUAGACGAAUGACCAAACACACGAUUAAACAAAAAUUUUACCAAUGUGCAGAAUCUGCAGUGUGUUCGUGCAGUGUGCGCGUGCAUCGUAUUUCGAGAAAGGACACUAAAAUCGGCUGUUUAUGUAUGUUUCCUUUUUUCUUCAUUUCAUUUUGCACAUUUUAUUAGUACCCCACCACUAAACAGGUUUUUACCAGUUGAUACUGUAAAAGCAUCGAUCCCUUUUUUUUGUGUAAACUUACCCAACCCGCUGACAGACCGUGUUCAAUAUCAUCGGCUACAAGUACAAUAUCAUCUGCUAGCUUUACAACUCAACGGUUAAAGUCUGAAUAGAUGCUCACGGUACUCACUGUUUUGCUACUGAGUUACGCAAAAAUGUAUCUUUUUCUAACUUUUUAAGUAAAAUUUGUUAUUCAUUUACUAUUUAUAAUUAUUAUCAAUAAUUAUUACAAUAAUUUUUCACAAUUUUGACCAAACUUUUACCUAAAUUUAAGGUAACGCAGAAGCAAAAAGUGAGUGCCGUGAGUGGGGGGGGGGGGGGGGGGGGGGUUUGGUCAUCUAUUCAGACUUAAGCCCAACUCAUCUUGCUUUGUUUACAAAACAGGAUCGAUGCUUUGACAUCAUCAACUGAAAACCCCUGUAACUAGUCGAUCCCCGUUAAUCCAAGCAUGCGCUUGUGUUGUCCCUGUUCAGUUUUGUAUAGAUAUUAUAGCCUCUCUUCCUCUCGCUUAUGUCUCUGUGUGUCUAUGUGUGUGUUUAUGUGUGUUUGGGUUUAAUUUUCCUCCGGCCUAAUUAGCCCACUAAAUCUAAUGCAAGUAACUAAGUCAUACAGUUUUCAUGUACCAUCCUACCAAACAUACGGAAUGGUGUGGCAGCGCCAUGGGACAAAGAUGGUCAAGCGGUAAGAAAAUGAUUGACCAAUUUUUUUUGGGACCUUACAGUAUGCCCAGAAAGAGAGAGAGAGAGAGAGAGAGAGAGAGAGAGAGAGAGAAAGAGAGAGUUUCGAUCCAAAAAACUUCCAAAAUGUUUAAAAAGAAUCCCCCAGCUGAAUGCGCCUCAGAGAACGUGUGUAUAAAAAUUAUAUAUAAAUUAGAAUUGUUUUUUUGUUUGCUUUGUUUGUUCAUUUUGUUUACUCAAAACACAUUGCACAAGAAGAUAGUCCACAAAGAAACUAUUGAUAAAAGAAGGAACAACUUCAAAGGCUGAUUCCCAGCAAAUGCAACAAACAUGGCGGAAUGUGUGACUGAGGUAAAAUUAUAGAUUGAAGGCACUCCUAUAUGCUCUGGUGUGACAUUUUAGUAAAUGUGGGCGUGUGCGAAUAAAAACUAAACAAAACAACAAAAAAAAACAAACAAGAACCGAGUAAAGUGCUAAGAAAGUGCGUAACCGAAUAGAGUCAAAGGAAGAAGGAGGCAAAACAUACGAUACCGACACCCACGGCACCCACAACACACGAGCAACAUACAAUUCCGUUCGAAACCGAUGAUAGCAAAUCGAGGAGAAGAUAUUGUCUAACUAGGAACUAAUAAACGUAUAAAAUAUAAAUAACGAAAACACACACACACACACACACACAACUAGCGAAGUGGACGCGAAUGGGGUGUGAAACGUUUGCUCUCGGAAAGAGCUUUGUAAGAUCGCACGUGAUCCGAAGCUCACUCAUGCAACUCGAUCGUGCCGAGUGAGAAAGAAAGAGAGAGAGAGAGAGAGAGAGAGAGAGAAAACGUAUGAAGGGAUGGAUGGAAUAUCGUACCAAUUUAUAAAAUGAUCGUGUAACUUGUAAGCCUAUUGCGAAGGAAGAAGAGUAAAGUCUCAUGAUGAUGAUAAAA